UUUUAGACACUAUCCCAAUUCCCUUAAAAAAAUCCUACCAAAAGCAAAUUACCUUAAAAAAAGAAAACAGUGACCAAUUUCCCACUUUUCCAUUGACUCUCGUUUACCAAACAAUCCCCCAAGAAAAUCAAAAUGGGCAACUGCAGCAGCCAACAAUAUUCCGGUGACUCCGGCGGAGUCCCUCCCCACCACCACCGCCCCUCCAACGACGCCGUCAACGUCCUCCCUCCCGAUUCCCGUCCUUCCCCACCCCCUCCCCGACCACCACAUUUCCCCGCCGCCGCCGCAACCCCAACAUCCGCCGCCGCCGUGGGCCGCGUUCUGGGAAGGCCCAUGGAGGAUGUCCGUUCGACCUACAUCUUCGGCCGCGAGCUCGGCCGCGGCCAGUUCGGCGUAACCUACCUGGUGACCCACAAGGAGACGAAGCAGCAAUUCGCCUGCAAGUCGAUCGCGACGAGGAAGCUCGUCAACCGCGACGACGUCGAGGACGUCCGCCGGGAAGUCCAGAUCAUGCACCACAUGACCGGUCACCGCAACAUCGUGGAGCUCAAGGGCGCCUACGAGGAUCGGCACUCGGUCAAUCUGGUUAUGGAGCUCUGCGCCGGCGGCGAGCUCUUCGACCGGAUCAUCGCCAAGGGACAUUACUCCGAGAGGGCUGCGGCCAAUCUCUGUCGUCAGAUAGUCAGGGUCGUCCACGAUUGCCACGCCAUGGGAGUGAUGCACAGGGAUCUGAAGCCUGAGAACUUCUUGUUCUUGAGCACCGACGAGCAUUCGCCGCUCAAGGCCACGGAUUUCGGCCUCUCCGUCUUCUUCAAGCCAGGCGAUGUAUUUAAAGAUCUUGUUGGAAGUGCAUAUUAUGUCGCUCCUGAAGUGCUGCGCCGGAGUUAUGGAGCGAAGGCUGACAUUUGGAGUGCUGGGGUGAUAUUAUACAUUCUGCUUAGUGGUGUUCCGCCAUUCUGGGGAGAGAAUGAACAAGGUAUCUUUGAUGCUGUUCUUCGAGGACAUAUUGAUUUUUCGUCUGAUCCAUGGCCUUCAAUAUCCACUAGUGCCAUAGAUCUUGUGAAGAAGAUGCUCAUUGCCGAUCCUAAAGAACGGCUUUCAGCUGUAGAAGUCCUAAAUCAUCCAUGGAUGAGAGAAGAUGGUGUUGCAUCCGAUAAACCUCUUGAUAUUGCUGUUUUGACUAGAAUGAAGCAAUUUAGGGCAAUGAACAAACUGAAAAAAGUAGCCUUAAAGGUAAUUGCUGAAAGUCUUUCUGAAGAGGAAAUUAUGGGCUUGAAGGAAAUGUUUAAAUCCAUGGACACAGAUAACAGUGGAACCAUCACAUAUGAAGAGUUGAAAGCUGGUUUACCAAAACUUGGUACAAAGAUUUCCGAGUCUGAAGUGAGACAGUUGAUGGAAGCGGCUGACGUGGAUGGAAAUGGGACAAUUGAUUACAUUGAGUUUAUAACAGCUACUAUGCACUUAAAUAGAAUGGAAAGAGAGGAGCACUUGUACACAGCUUUUGAAUAUUUUGACAAGGACAAGAGCGGUUACAUUACAAUGGAAGAGUUGGAACAAGCGCUUAUAAAGUAUAAUAUAGGGGAUGAGAAAACAAUAAAGGAAAUUAUCGCAGAAGUUGAUACGGACCGCGAUGGGAGAAUCAACUAUGAAGAAUUUGUAGCCAUGAUGAGGAAAGGCAAUCCAGAUAUGGUCCCAAACAGACGGCGCAAAUGAAAUUACACGGAGGUUGCAUGUUUUGGCGAAAUCCACAACGUAAGUAAAUUGUCUAAUCUUUGUUGUGUUGUUGAAUUUUGGUUUUAGCUACGUGGUCGUGCUUGAAUUCCUUGUCAUGUGGGGGUUUAUCUAUGAUUACCCUUGAAGGAGAUGGACUAGAUUUAGGAUCAGUUUGCGGUAGAGUUCGGCUAUUUUGAGUGAACAGAUUUCUUCGCAGGUUAUGGGGCUACCAAUGCCAAACACAAACUAUCCCUUUUAAGAGAAAAAUAAAAGUUCUAGAAUGAUUAUUGUAUUCAAGUAGGUCAUUUGAUUUUGUAUUCUAAAUCCAUUAACGAAGGAAAAGAAGCGAGAUUUCGUUAUUGCGUCUCUCUCUCUCUCUCUCUGUAUUAUUAUUUGUUCUUUCUUUUGUGGACUCUUGAGAUCUCUGUAUGUUUUUUAGUACUAUUGAUGUAAUCUCUACUCUGUAUGUAUUGGAGUUGAAGUUGGCAAUUGAAGUGCUUCAUUCAUGUC